AUGGAACUGGCCAGCAGUGAAGAGGAGUGCGAUGCCUCUGCGACUAUGGAGCUUGCUGUAAGUGAUGCUGAGCCUGAGAAUGUUGAUGGCGUGGGCCUUGCAAGCAGUGAUUCUGAAUUUGGUGAGCCUGAAGAAACCCAAGACAUAGUGCGUGAACUGGAAUCGCCGCCAUCAUUGGUAGCUGCGUUUCGAGUUUUGUUUAUAGCCGUAAGUGCCUUACACAACAUGUUCGGCUAUUCGAUGUUGCGACAGUCUGCGCUUAUCGGUGGAUGUGGCUUGUCUACCCACUUUUCUGGCGUGGGCAGCGCUGAAAUUGCAGCCGGCAUGUUGCAGUCCGUUGUUCAGUCCUGCUUCCAGGGCGCGAAAGAUCUGACAGUCCGAUUUGCCUGUGAGCUGAAUCAGCACUGUGCGCGAGUUCUGCUUCUGCGGGGUAAUCAUUGCGUUCUGAAGAAUAUCCUGGAUUAUGCUCCUUCAAUGCCGCCCUGGUCCCAGCUUUCGCCUCUGUCUGAAAGUCAGCGCCUGAAACUGAUUUGGGAGUGCUUCGACGCAAGCAAUACUCCGUGCUGGCGAUCAUUUCAUUUACGUUGCCAGCCAUCGUUGUCGCAGAACCAUGGCGACUUUAGUGGCUCGCCAUGUCAGCCAUGGUCUUCGUAUGGAAAAGGACGUGGCUGGAGUGAUCCUCGCAGCCUGCCUUUCCUGGUCUGGCUUGUUUUCAUUCGGAAGACGCAGCCUUCUUGGGCCAUUCAUGAGUGCACCCAACACUUCAAGGGACAGCCUGUCGUUGAAGAGUUUUUGUCUGAUAUUUACUACGUGUGGGCUCUUCAUGGACAGCCAGGUGAUUGUGGUAUCUGGAAUUUCAUCCGAAGACCCCGCUUGUUCAUCAUUCUCAUCAGGAAGAAUGUCUGGUUGCCAGGUCACGAUGUAUGUGAAGCCUACAGACGAAUUUGCGCAGUGAUUCGUCAGAGCACAGAGUCAGAGCCCCCAGGAAUCUCUGCGGUGUGCGACGCCUGUCGGGAAGAGUGGCUUCUUGCUGCAGAAAACAAAGCGCGAGCCAAGCUGAAGCAAGCACCUCGUCGUUCACAAGCUUCCUUUGACUGGCGCUACCUUCUGACUAAGAAGCAGCAGGGCUAUGAGAAGGAAUACCUGGCUCAGUGGCGACACAAGUAUGGCACUGAUCCACUUCUCGAUGAUUCCUGCCUGAUAGACCUCUCUCAGGCAGCGACAGCUGCUGAUUUGGGAAACGGCAUCCAUGUGUUCCAAGCUGGGCUGCUUCUA